CCAUCUGUAUCAAGUUUGCUAAUUAUGCUGAUCCUGAAACCCCACGUUUAUAUUGGAUGGUGAACGUGGAUGCGUUUGUUAAGUCUGUGAAAACUUUUGCGUCGUCAAGGAAAUGGGUGCCAUUGAUUUAUAUUCUUAACAUCACAAGGAUCGACCAACGUAAGGUUCUUUUGUCUCUCUAUUUUUUCUUAAGGAAGAUAACGAAUGGUCUAUUUAAAUACAUCCAAGUACUUGGUUUCUCGUGAAC